UGUAUGAGAGCAGUGCAAAUGGUGUGAUGUUUAUAAUGUUGUAGUAUGAUCGUUAAUUACAGCAGCAGUAGCUCCGAAGAAGAGGAAGAAACCGAUAACUUAUCAUUGUCCCACCAAAGAAAGCGGCGUAGUAUUCUUAACGACUCCAACUCACCUCCAAGAAAAAGAGACAGAUCUCAUAACGAAAAUAGUGUCGACAAUGAACCUGACCCUGGAGGCAAAUGUGUAUCAACAAAAACCGCCCCACCCCGCCUCCCUCUCCCUGAUAGCGUGCUGGAGAUGUUCAGAGGCUCAGAGGAGACGAGACCUGAGGACAGCACUCUGCACGGAGGACGCAUCCGCUCCUUUGAACAUGAGCGCGGAAACUGGGCAACAUACGUGUACUUUCCAUACGUCCCAGACGAUGUAUUCUUAGAUCUGCUGGAUGAAAUAACGGCUAUGGCUGAAUCUCACGGGGUUCCUCUGACAAGGGCCGAGGAGUUCCACGUCAGCCUCUCACAAACAGUAGUACUGCGGCACCAUUGGAUUCAACCAUUCGUGCAGUGUCUCAGGACAGGACUAGCACAAUGCAGGCGGUGUGUUUGUUUGGCAGAGAAAUUAAGGGUGUAUUCAAAUGCUGAAAAAACCAGGACUUUCCUUGGUAUGGAAAUAUCCACUGGGCAUGCACAGUUGCUCGAUCUAGUGAGGGCAGUGGAUAAAACCAUGGAGGAGUUUAACCUCAGCACCUUUUAUAAGGAACCUUCUUUCCACGUGAGCCUGGCGUGGUGUGUUGGUGACUAUACUGAGCAAAUUCUCACCACGUGUUUACCAAAGCUGCAGAGUCUUGUGGAUUCUCAUGAAGAUGGACGUUUUCAGUUGCAGGUGAACUGCACGGAGCUCCGCUGCAAGACAGGAAACAAGUUUUUCUCAUUCCCCCUGAGAUGAUUUUCCCCUAACAUUUUAUUGUUCGGUUCUUCUUGACAUUCUGAUAAUCAAACGAACAAUAAAUACCAGCCUCUGUUUUUACUUUUAUUAAGAUUUACUGUUAUUAAGAUUUUCACCAAACUGCAAAUAAAGUUAGUGUGAGU